AUGCAAAAAUGGAGUCAAGUUCAAGAACCAUGUGACAGACGCUUGUUAAUUGCAGAAAAAUCAAAAACAGAAGAAAUCCUGCCAACGACUGACUCCAAAGAAAGUAGAAUUCAAACGAAGACAGAAGUUAAAACCAUGGAUGCUCGAAAACAAUACCUUGGAAAAAUCCCACGAUUCCUUAAUUCCUUCGAAGUGUCAAAUGAUGGCUCGGGGACCAUGGCGAAUCUUACCUUUAUGAUGUCUCGUGUCGUGCAAAGCCAACUCCCUGAGUUUGCUCCAAAGCAAAUGUACAGGGCAUUAGAAGAUAUAUUGGAAAGAACCGAAGCCACUAUGACUGUCGAGUCGUUUUUCGUUUUCCAUUUUCAGGGCGGGCCUGUCAUAAAUUGCUCUUUUGAAUGUGCGACGAUGUCCGAGUUUGGCGUCUCUAUGAUGCCUGUUGAACCACCACCAGAUGAUUUAUGCGCACUUGGUCCAGCGCCAAGCGUCAUGAAUAUCGAUUCUAUUGAUGCUGUGUCUAACUAUGACUUUGACCCCAAUGAAGCUCCUGUUAAUCUUCUUCAAGUACCAAGUGUUCUUGAUCUCGAGAGACUUGAUAAUCUAAAUGAACCGCUUGGCACAGCUCCGUCAAUUCUUAAUAUUGACACCAUUUCUGUUUAUUCCCACGAUGAGGUUCAGGCGAAUAACUCUGAACUGACUGAUUUAACGGAGAGGAUCCCAUUAGAGCAUAUUGAAGACCACGUGAGUAAUCACAAAGAUGACUUCGGCUCCGGUCUAGUUCAAGCUGUUAGAGAAGAACCUGUCAGGGUGCAAAAAUCAUCUGAAGAGCCUUAUCUUCUUGAAAAUCAAGAGGCACCGCAUUCAUCAAAAAAUUUGCCUACAGUGUUAACGAAAAAUGUCGAGGCAAGUGAGCAGAUGCUUUUUAUGCCUCAAGAAGUCGGGAUUCUAUCAAAAUCAACGAUAGAGCAUUUGGAUGCUGACGUUCGUCUCGAAAAAAUAUCACGCGCCUCUAGAGAAGAGGAAGGAAGUGUUGAACAGAACCAAGAGCAGGAACUAAACAUUCAGCCUCGCUCUAUUCUUAAAAAGAAUAAAACGACGAAUUCUGAGGAAGAUGACUCUGAUCCUGAUUGGAUAGAUGAAAAUCCCGCUGAGCGGCUUGAACUUGAAAAAGAAAACUUGAUAGGUGCACUUGAAGAAAUUGCCAGUACAUCUUCCGUUCCAAGUAUUUUGGAAGCUCUGUCAACUUUGAAAACAACCGAGGAAAUUAAAAGUGAAAUGCAAAACCUGAGUGAGCAGAAUCAAAAUACUCUCAUCAAAAUGCAGCUUUUACCAAGUGAAAUAAUGAAAAAUAUGCUUGACAAAUCAACUUGGAAAAAUGAGAACGUGAUUUUAAAAGCGCAUUUUUUUUCGCCAGAUAAAGUUCAUCUGAAAGACAAUUAUGCUCGUCAAUUAAUCGUCUCAAUUAUUCAGAGCGUCGAAAAACAAAUUUUAACAGCGAAUGACAGUUAUCCAGAACCACGGAGUCUUCCUAAACGAAAGAAAGUUUCAGAUCGUCAAACAAUCUUCUUUGACUGCUCUAAACUCUCUCUUAUGCCGUCGAGAAAAAAAAGAAAUUUUCAUCGCAGAAUGCCUGGAUUUUCUGACUGA